AGCCGAAGCAGUUGCGACCGUCAUUGUUGCCGAUCGAGAUUCCUUCGCCGCAUACGCCAGGAGCAGAAAGAGAAUCGAGACGCAUCCAACCACGCAGACGGAGUGAAACGAAACGAAACGAAACAAAACAAAACAAAACAAAACAAAACAAAACAAAACAAAACAAAACGCAACGAACCAGUCCCCGAGGAAUGGAACAAAACGGAACGAAACGAAACGGACAGAAGAAAGCACCCAAUCGCAAAUAAACCCGAUUUGACCCGGCGGCGAUGAGAUCCCGAGCGACAGCUUCGGUGGCCGCCCGCGCCGACGCGGAAGGAACCAGCUCCAAUCCCCGGGGUGAGGAAGCGAUGACGACGACAACGACGACGCUGCCCCAGGGCGGUCCGCARCGCUUUGCCCUCCCGGGGAGGACCACGCGGAAGCGGAACCUGGAAUUCCGGACCGCCCGUCGGAGAAAAAACGAUCUCCCGUCCGCUUCCGGUGGCACAGGCACCUCUUCGGGCCUCUCGCUGUGCGCCUCCGCCGCCCCCCUGGUGCUGGCCGUUAUGCUCUGGUAUUCCCUCGGGGUGGUAAGCAUUUCCAGCAGCAAGGUGCUCCUGACGCCCUACUCUUCCGGGGGCGGGAGCGACGACUACGAAACCGAWUACGAGCACGAAUACGACGAUUCGGUAGCCGAAGAGCAGGCCUUCUACCGCCACGUCGGGGGACUCCCGCCCCUCUUUCUGACGCUCCAGCAGUUGCUUCUGGGAUCGACUUUUUUGCGGCUGGCCAUUUACCUCCGUUUCCUCGGACUCACCAAGGGCAUCGCCCCGCUGGAYGACGUGCUGGAUGCCUACGGCAGCGGCAGCCACGGCAACCGCGAUUCGCCCGUUCUGAGCAAGCUCGUGUGGACGGGGAUCUACUUUGCGCUGGGCUUUCUCACCACCAACAUGGCCUUUGGGGCAGCGGCACCGACCUACGUCGAGACCCUCAAGGCGGCGGAGCCCAUCACGAGUGCUGUCUUUGCCGUACUCUGGGGGAUCGAGCGCCUCACCCUCCCGGAGGUGGUCGGACUUUUCGGGAUCGUGGGCGGCGUCCUUUUGUCCACCAACGGAUCCAACCACUCGGCCAGCAUGUCGGGAGAGUCGGCGGGAACCUCGCUCGSGGCCGCCACGGCCAUCGUCAUGGCCUCGAACUUCUGCUUUUCCCUGCGGGGGCUCUACCAGAAGCUCUUUCGCACCGGAGCAAAGGCGCUGGCCGCGGAAACGGMGCGGCUGGACGCCGGGGAUGCCGAGGCUUCCGGCRAGGAGCCGUCCAAACCGGCGCGAUCGGUGCUGGCACUCGACGACCUGAACCUGCAGUUUCGGAUGCAGCAAACGGGCGUCGUGCUGCUGCUGGUUCCCACCCUGCUCUGGCACGGGGAGGGACUCUUCCUCCACGCCACGGGCGCCGCCUCCCACCUGGCGACGCACGACUUUCUCGACCUCCUGCGGCGCUACAUGCUCUGGUCCGUCGGAAACGGCCUGGCCUUUUCCAGCUACAACCUGGCAUCGACCUACCUGCUCACCAGGAUCAGCGUCGUCCACCACGCCGCCCUCAACUGCACCCGCAGGAUAUUCGCCAUUGUCUGCACCGGCCUGCUCUUCCGGAUCCCGAUCUCCGCCCAGAGCAUGACCGGGAUCGGGAUUUCCUUUGCCGGGUUCAUGGUCUUUUCCUGGGCCAAGUCGAGAAAGAAGGCGGCCGAAGGUCGCACCGGGGACCGGCAAACCGGGAGCCAGCGGGCCGAUGCGCACCGGGAGAUUCCCAGCGGGAACGCGGCCGGCAGCAACAACAACAACAACAACAACAACAUCUCUGCUAGCAGCAUGAAUGGCAACAACCACCCGCACUACGGCGGCGGAGACCGGCUGACGCACCGAAAAAAGUCUGGAAAGGAGUCCGCUGGCGUUACCCUUUCAUCGCUGCCGGCCCCACCGGGGGAGGCACAAGCGUCGGUGUCCGAGCGAACGCCYCCGCGAUUCGCACGUCCCACCGGACGACCGAAACCGAGGUCCGCGGCGCCACAGGCAUCGGUUCGGUUCCCGCCUCCUCCUCCGCCGCCACCGCCGCCCAUUGGACGGUGACAGACGAAUCGAAACGGAACGGAACGUAAGGAACGCAUGGCUAUUUUGUCUCUG